AUGUCAGAAAGUGAAAUUUCAUUUGAUUUCAAUGAGGAUGAACCUGUCGAAGAAGUGAAGUCUUCUCAAAUGUUAACCAAACCCGAGAAAUAAUAUAUGCCAUUCUCUAAAAGUGACAAAAAGGAUAAAAAAGAGAAAUUGAAGCAAAUGCAGUUUGCAAUGCAAGGACAACUCUCAAGCAAAUAGUAAAUGACCAAGGAUUUAUUAUUCCUCCUAAAAUUCGAAUAGCAUAUGUUAAGUUCAAUCAACAGUUUGCAUUAGAGAAUAAUGAGAUCCUUAGAAAGUGAAGCUCCAGGAAAUUGA